AUCUUGCGGCUUUGCGAUGCCCAACCAAGUGUCCACGGCGGUCUUCUGGGAUAUGUUCUAUGGCCGCACGGCGAGCCCGGACGAGUGGUAUCUCUCGUUCGAGCACGACGCGAUGAAGGCCAUGGCGCCCGAGCUGACGGCGCUCGUCGACGGCGCGCUCAUCCUGCACCUCGGCUGCGGCUGCUCGGCGAUCGCAGAGACGCUUGCCGCCGCGACGGGCCGCCGCGUCGUGCUCGCCAACAUGGACUUUUCGGGCAUCGUGCUCCAGCAGCUCCAGGCCAAGGAGGCCGGCGCCGCAAACACGCUAGUGGAGUUUCAGCAGAUGGACGCGCGCUACGUGUCGUACCGAUCGGCGACCGUCGACUUCAUCGUCGACAAGGGCACGCUCGACAGCAUUCUGUCGGACUCGACCAAGGUAGACGCCAACAGCCGCCUCGUCACGAGCGAGCUCUGCCGCGUGCUGCGAUCUGGCGGCAAGGUGCUUAGCGUCUCGACAUUUCGCAGCGAGCACCGGUUGCGCUGCUUGGCGCACCCGAGCUGGCGCGUCGAGUGCAAGGUGAUUCCCACGACGCCGUACGAGUACCCAGACCAGCCCGAGUGUUAUUUAUAUGUCAUGACAAAGCUGUAAUGCUACAGCGCGUCAACUGAUUCUACUUGGUCUAAUCAACACUCCGUCCGAGAUACUACCCCC